AUGACCGGGUUGAAAGUCAGAUCUGGUCGGCAACGAACCAGUGCCGUCUUGAAGCAGUCUGCAAUCUCAGAACUUUCUCCGCAUGCUGCUGCUGCGGACGAGGAAGCCUUGGCUGCGUUGACCUUUGCGCUGCAAGACGACGACUACGACAUCCGGAAAUGUGCCUUCACAGCUCUGACCGAUUGCUUAACCUCCGUGAAUUCCCAUCUCCCGGCAUGCUUCAUCUUGAGCUGCUGCUUGCAAGACGAGCGGCCGUUCGUGAGGGUGGCUGCUGCGGAGGUGUUGUCGCAGCUGGGCGUUUCCGGAAACAUGGCGCCUAUCAUGAUCGCCAGCACAUGGCUGGAUGAUGCGAGACAGCAUGUUAGGCACUUAGCAGUUCGAAUUCUGGGGCGCAGUUGCGCUGGCCAGCGUUCCGGUGAUGCUUUGAAUGCUGCACUGGGACAUCUACGAGAUCAUCGGUUCUUCGUCCGCAAAGGUGCUGUGGAGGUCUUAGGCACUGGCGCUUUGCGUGGCAGCAGAGACGCGGCUAUUGCACUACGAGGGUGCUUAGAAGACGCAUCCUUGCACGUUAGAGAUGCUGCUCGACGCUGGCAUAGGCAAGUGGUGUGCUGUGCAGCCUUGUGGCUGGAGGGUGAGGAUCCGAAAAGAGAAACGGGAUUGGAAAUCCUCGCGGCGCUGGCCAAGCUGGGUGAUCGAGAUGCGAUUGUAGCUGCAGUGCAGGCGCUGAAAAGCCUGUCGCCAAGUUGUCGGAAGGCAGGCGUGGACAUUCUGGGGCAAGGAGCGCAGGCACAGGCACAUCCCCUGGCAAGCAUGGCAUUGGCCAUGUGUGUGGCUGACGUGGAUCAGGAUUUACAAACGAGUGAACAGAUCGCCAAAGCGAGGCAGUUGCUGUCUGUUUCAUCUCGGGACAUCUCGCAUGCUUUCGAUGCCCAUCUCGAAACCGAUGUGGAGAACCUCUCGUUUCGAGACGAAGCUGAAGAGCACGGUCACACCGGGCGUGUGCAAGAGCUCCUACAGCGCCUUCGACAACACUUGACAGAGGAAGGCAUUGCAAAAGCCGUCUUUAUCAUCUUGGAGACGGCCGUUGAACAUCCAGAACCUUUGACAGGUGAGUGGACAACCUGUCCAUGCCUUCCAAGCGAUAUUUCUGCCGCACUGAACGUGCUAUCUGCGCGCAGAGGCACUUGCAGGAGCCUUUGUACUGGUACUCUCUUCUCGGUCCUGAAUGCUUCCGGCUCCUUUGUGUCGAUCUCUGCCAUACAGGCUUUACGUGGUCUUGCAGAACAAGGCAGCCUCGAAGCCAUAGCUGCUCUCUGCAGCAGUUUGGAGGACGACAGUGCCGAUGUGCGAGAGGAGGCCGUGGAUGUGCUUGGAAGCAUACCGACGCAGCAGUUUCUUUUGGAGACAGUGGCCAAACACCUUGCGCAUGAACAGUCGCAUGUGAGAGUGGCGGCUGUAGAACUCCUUUGCAGAAACAGAGACAGCAAUGGGGUUUGCGAUGUAACUUUGCCGUACCUCGAGAACCUGAGCUCUGGAACAAGGCAAUCUGCGAUCCGAGUGCUUGCUUCGAUGGCCACUCGCAAUGAGAAGGCCAUGUCUGCUUUACGAAAAAGCCUGGACGACAACGAGAUGGAGGUCCGACAAGAGGCCCUCGUGGCGCUUUGCACGCUCGAGUCGCUUGAGCGAUGCGCGACCCGUGAGCGUUACAGCGCAUGGACUCCAUAG